GUCAUCAAUUACUGGUUUCAAACUAUAAUAGGUUGCAGAAGGUGCAAGGCUAAGGGGAGCUUCAAAAAUAAUAGGCGUUGAUUUGAAUCCAGACAAAUUUGAACUUGGGAAGAAGUUUGGACUUACAGAUUUUAUUAAUCCAAAAGCUAUUGGGGAAAGUUCAGUACCGGAGGCCAUUAAAAAAAUGACGGAUGGAGGCGUUGAUUAUAGCUUCGAGUGCAUUGGAUUAGCAUCCUUGAUGGAAGAUGCUUUCGCAAGCUCACGUCAGGGUGGAUAUACAAUAAUACUUGGAGUAGAAAUGCACGGAAAGCCAAUAAGUGUGAAUCCUUACGAACUCUUAGCAGAAAAGACCAUUAUCGGGUGCAAUUUUGGAGGAAUCAAUGCCAAAACUGAUAUUCCCGAACUUGCUGAAAAAUAUCUGAAAAAUGAGCUGAAUUUGGAGGGUUUCAAAACACAUGAAGUCAAAUUCGAAGACAUUAUGCAAGCAUUUGAGUUGCUGGAGCAGAAGAAAUCUCUGCGUUGCAUCAUCUGGAUGGAUAAUAAUAAUGCAUAAUUUUAUUUUUAGCCACACACAAUACAUAAUUUGAAAUUCUCUCUUCAAAUCAAUUAAUGCAGAGAUUUUAUUUACAGAGAAUUAUGCCGUGUUAAUUUGUUUAUGUAACACAGUAACAAAUUCAAUCAUCAUAUCCUUAGUGA